GGCAGAGUCAGUGAGUGAGUGAGAGAGAGAGAGUGUGCGCAGUGUGCGUGUGUGAGUGUGUAUGUUUGUGUGUGUGUGUGUGUGUAUGUGAAAGAGAUAGAGGGAGUGAGAGGUCUACAUGUGAGUGAGCUCCUGUGCAGACAUACACGGAACUUUUAUUUCAGCCCACUUGUGAUUUAAGACAGAAUCAGAACAUGGAAAAUGGGACCAACACAUGGAUGCCAAAUCUAAAGAGCACAACUGUGAGUAAAAGACGGGGGUAACAGCGAAGGGGGUAAAGGACAAUACAGACAGCAAUUAACACUUAAUAUGUCUAUGUACGUUGUCUACAUAGUAGUUAAAAGAAUAAGGAAGCUGGGCAUGACAAAGACCUAUAUAGACUUUCGGAUGCUUUUUGGGAGCAAAAUACUUUAAAAACAUUUAAGGAUCUUUUAGCAGUUCUUACUAUGCUUGUCAGCUUUUCUCCACCCCAAGAAUGACAUUUGCACAGACUUGUCAAGUUAUAACCUGCAUGUAGUUAUAUUAUGCAACAUUAUCAAAAGUACUGCAAAUUGUAUAAUGAAAAAAAUAUGUUAGUGAGGCAAGACAAUGAUUCACUUAUUGUGCAUUGUAUAAGGUACUGCAUUUGUAUUGUCAGAAUAGAAACAUAAAAAAGGUGACUUAAAUAGGAAGUGGCUAAAAGGUAGAACAAGAGACUUGUGGUGGGCUAACUGAUGUCUAAAUAUCAUUACUUAUAUAAUGGGCACUGAAUGGCAAACAACAGUGUUAAAGCCACUGUGUAACGGAAGUAACUGAUAUCUGGAUGCACAGACAUCAUUGCAGCUCUAGACACAUUUUGAAUCUUGACCAGAUGGGGGCUGGCUUUUGCCCCAUGUGCAUCUUCAUUAGCAAAUCUACUCUCCCAGCAACUGCAUAGAGAAAGACAACACAUCACAUUUCUUUUGACGAUGGCUGGAAGUCUGAUGGGAUUUGUCCGAAGCUUUGAGACUGAGUCAUCGUCUCAGGCGCUAACAAGUACAGACAAUAAACUCUUUGACAAGGUUAUGAAAAGACUACAAAAACUGCACAGGCUGUCCACCGAUCAACGGCUAUGUCUAAAGAAUAGCCCACCUUACCUUCCUGAGCUGGUGAGGGAGACUGUAAACAUCAUGACGGACAUAUGGGCUCCUUAUAGAGUCUCAGUCUCAGCCGUGCCACGAGGGGAUGAGGGGGAGUACCUGAGGAUCCAUGUACAACACUUGCUGGAUAAGACGGACAGAGCCAUCUUACUGUUCAAGGAGGGCAAAGAUAAGAUGUAUGACGAAAAGUCUAACUACAGGAGAAACUUGACAAAGCUGUCCUUGCUGUUUAGUCAUAUGCUGUGGGAACUACGGGCUAUAUUUCCAGGUGGUCAGUUUCAGGGUGAUACCUACAACCUGACCAAGACAGAGGCAAGAGAGUUCUGGAGGAAAAUAUUUGGACAGAAAUGCAUAGUCAAGUGGAAUAUUUUUAAGCAGCAUUUGAAAAAUGUUCACAACUUUGAAGAGGGAAUGGAGGCCAUGGCUCUGAAGUCAACAAUUGAUCUCACUUGUAAUGAUCAUGUUUCUAUCUUUGAGUUUGACAUCUUCACCAGACUGUUUCAGCCUUGGUCAACACUGCUGAGGAACUGGAAUCAUUUAGCAGUGACUCACCCAGGUUACAUGGCCUUUCUCACGUAUGACCAAGUACAAGCCAGAUUGGAACACCACAAACAUCGUCCUGGCAGCUACAUCUUUCGUCUCAGCUGUACCAGAAUGGGUCAAUGGGCAAUCGGUUAUGUGACCCCAGUUUGCAGCAUUGUACAGACUAUUCCAGAGAAUAUACCUCUGUACCAGGCUCUAAUCCAAGGCUUCAAACAGGGAUGCUACUUGUAUCCAGAUGGACGUGAUGUGAACCCUGAUCUCACUGCCCUAUGUAUGCCGUCUCAGAAGGGUCGCAUUAAAGUUACAGAGGAACAAUAUGAGUUAUACUGUGAAAUGGGGAGCACAUUUCAGCUAUGUAAGAUUUGCACAGAGAGAGAAAAGGACACUCGCAUUCAGCCCUGUGGACAUCUGCUGUGCCGGCCUUGUCUUACUGGCUGGCAGAAGUCAGAUGCACACACCUGCCCUUACUGCCGCUGUGACAUUAAAGGGACAGAGUCCAUCCUCAUCGAGCCAUAUCGGUCCAAAAGAGACACCACAUUCCAAAAAAGAGAUGAUGAGGAGAAUGAAGAAGAAGAUGAAGAUGAUGAUGAUGAUGAUGAUGAUGAUGAAGACCAUGAAGAUGUAGAACUAGUCAUGAAAAAACUGGCUGCCAUGAAACGGGCAUCACAAGAGGAAUAUCAGGUUCCCAGUUCCAUUUUAGCACCUCCUCCUCUUCCACCAAAACAGAACACCCUGUCCUCUCCAUGCCCGUCUCCCAAACCACACGUCCGUCCUCCCAUAAGAGACAGGCUGGUUAAAAGUCACAGUAACUCAGCUGCCUGUAACAAUGUGCCAUAUUCAGAAAACCAACAGACUGAAGAAACCUCAGACAAACAGCUGCAACGUGAUGCUGAACAGAGCUAUACAUCACCCUCCUAUUCUGGCAGAAAAGGUGCAGCCCCAUGGUCAGGGCCAGCACAUUUAGGACAAAAGAAAAAAGAGAAACAAAGGGAAGUGGUAGAAGACUGGAGUGAUUUUGAAACAGAUUUGCUAGCAGGAAGACAAAAUCAAAGAAGUUCUCAGAGACAGAGACAGCUCUCAUCUUUGACUUUCCUGGAAGAUUUCACCAUGGAAACAAAAAACUGAAUUGUGUUUUCUACACUGUAAAAAUGUCCAUGUAAUUUGCAAUAAAAUAUGGUUAAAAAAGAA